AACUUUAAUUUCCUGCAACUAAUGGCCACCGGCAGCUCGAAAACCGUAAAGCUCUCGAUCAUCGCCGUUUUAUUUUCCCUGAUUCAUCCAUUCUCGAACGCAAUAUCCUUCAACUUCACGAGUUUCGCUACCAACAACAACAACAUAAGUUACGAAAAUGCUUACCCUGCUAGCCAGGUCAUUCAGCUUACAGCGAACCAGAGAGAUAUUCAGAUGACCGCGAGUGUUGGCCGAGCUACGUACCACGAACCGUUGCUCCUAUGGGAUGAAGCCUCUAGGAAUCUCACGGAUUUCAAUACCCAUUUCACCUUCGUCAUCAAUUCACAAAACGGAUCUUCUUAUGGAGAUGGGAUUGCAUUCUUUCUUGCACCCGAAGGUUCGAGGAUCCCCGAUAAUGUCACGAAAGGUGGAAAUCUCGGCCUUGCAAGUGACGGUAUGCAGCUAAACACAACUGUCAAUAGAUUCGUAGCGGUGGAGUUCGAUAUUUAUCAGAAUGCUUUUGAUCCGAAGCAUGAACAUGUAGGUAUCGAUGUCAAUUCCAUGAAAUCAGUGACUAAUGUAACAUGGUGGAGCGAUAUCAGGGGAGGGAGAACAAAUGAAGCCUGGAUUAUUUAUGAUUCUAGGACUCAUAAUUUAAGCGUUUCCUUCACUGGAUUCAGAAAUAAUACUACAGUCAUGCAACACCUUAGUGCUAUCAUCGAUUUAAGACUUUACUUGCCUGAAAAGGUAACUUUCGGAUUCUCAGCGGCCACGGGAAAUGCAUCCUCCAUACAUAAAAUUUCUUCUUGGGAUUUCAGUUCAAGCUCGGAUAUUGUUAUUGAUACGACUACUACUGCACCACCGGGACCGGAACAUAACCGCAAAAGAAGGAAAAGCAGAACAGGUUUGGCCGUGGGGCUUGGGAUCACCGGUGCUUCUGUUGUUGGGAUGGUUUUAGUUUGGCUUGCUGUUGUUUAUAGGAACAAGAUUUCGAAAGAUAAAGACAAUGGUGAUGCCAUUGAUGAGGAAAUAGAUGAUGAAUUCGAGAGAGGGACCGGACCGAGGAAGUUUUCAUACAAGGAACUGGUUCAUGCGACUGAUGAUUUCCAAGAUGUCGGGAAACUCGGGCAAGGAGGAUUUGGGGGUGUUUAUAAAGGAUUUUUAAAGGACACAAGCUCCUAUGUUGCUAUCAAAAGAGUCUCAAGUGGAUCAAAACAGGGUAUAAAGGAAUAUGCUUCUGAAGUAAAGAUCAUAAGCCGAUUAAGGCAUCGAAAUCUAGUUCAACUCAUCGGCUGGUGCCACGAAAACAAAGAGCUCCUCCUCGUCUACGAAUUCAUGCCCAAUGGUAGCCUAGAUUCUCACCUUUUCCACUAUAACAGCUUAUUGCCAUGGGAAUUAAGGUUCAGAAUCGCUCAAGGACUAGCCUCAGGACUGCUUUACUUACACCAAGGGUGGCAACAAUGUGUGGUGCAUAGAGAUAUCAAAUCAAGCAACGUCUUGUUGGACUCUGAUUUCAACGCCAAGCUCGGAGAUUUCGGUCUCGCAAGGCUCGUGGAUCAUUCGAAAGGGUCGCAAACCACCGUGUUGGCUGGCACAAUGGGGUACCUUGCCCCAGAAUGUCAUAUGGCUGGAAAAGCUAGCAAACAAUCAGAUGUUUAUAGCUACGGCGUCGUUGCUUUGGAGCUCGCUUGCGGACGGAAACCGAUCGAACCGAAAGCCAGUGAGGGUAAAGUGAAUUUGGUGGAGUGGGUUUGGGAUCUUUAUGGAAAAGCCCAAUUGCUCGAAGCUUGCGACCCAAGGCUUAAAGGAGAAUUUGCAAAGCAAGAAAUGGAGCAAUUGAUGGUCGCUGGGCUUUGGUGCGCGCACCCAGAUGAGAAUUCGAGGCCGUCAAUACAGCAAGCGAUUCAUGCACUUAAUUUUGAAGCUCCAUUGCCGAUUCUUCCGUCGAAGAUGCCGGUGCCGACGUAUUACGCUCCUCCAUUUAAUGUUCCCCCAUUAAACCAAUUUUCAAGCCACAGCAGUUAUAGCGGUAGCACCAAUUCAUCACAGAUUACUUCAACCUCGAGUUCUUCUCCAUCUGCAUCUCUUUUGUUUGCUCCUCGAGAUUGAUUAAAUUUCAUUUCAUUUGCUUGUUGUAAA